AUCUAUAUAUUGUACUAUAUACAGCAUUAGACGUUGCACUAUUUUCCAAAAGAGGGAGUAAAAAUUUAUUUUCAGUGAAACAAAAAUUGUGUGUGUGAGAUUUCCCCGUGAGAUAGCAUAACAUCAGUGCCCCACCCCUUUCAGAUUACCCGAAAUAAUUUUAUCAUCGGAUUGUCUUUUUUUCCUACUGUUUUAUUUGUAACCAACUAGACGUGCUAACUUAUAUCAAUAUGGGCAAAUCUUAUUCUCUUGAGACGGAGCUUGUAUUCUCCAAGUCUUCAGACCAAUACAAUGCAUCGGUUCCGCCUUUGUAUCAAUCUGCAACAUUUAAGCAACCAUCACUUUCUAAUAUGGGUGAAUACGAUUAUACUCGUUCUGGGAACCCUACAAGAACAUAUCUUCAAAACCAGCUUGCCAAGAUCAUGAAGGCAAACCAUGCAUUUGCCGUGACCAGUGGUAUGGGAUGUUUAGACGUGAUUACCCGUCUUUUGAAGCCUGGUGAUGAAGUCAUUGCUGGUGAUGAUUUAUAUGGUGGAACCCACAGAUUACUUACAUAUCUUAACAAUAAGGGAGACCUUAAGGUACAUCAUCAUGAUACCACCAACACUGAGCUUAUCAAGUCAAAGAUUACCCCAGAUAUUAAGAUGAUCUUUUUGGAAUCUCCUACUAACCCAUUAAUUAAAGUAUGUGAUGUCAAAUCUAUUGCUGAUUAUGCUCAUUCUGUUAGUGAAGAUAUCAUUGUUGUGUUUGAUAACACUAUGAUGUCACCUAUUCUCAUGACCCCAUUAGACCUUGGGGUUGAUAUUCAAUAUGAAUCCGCCACCAAAUACCUUAAUGGUCAUCAUGAUAUUAUGGCUGGUGCCAUUGCCAUCAGAAAGCCCGAAUUAGCCGAAAGAGUCUACUUUGUUAUAAAUUCUACUGGUUGUGGACUUUCACCAUUUGAUUCAUGGCUUUUGUGUCGUGGAUUAAGAACUUUGGCCAUUAGAGUUGAAAGACAACAACAAAAUUGUAAUAAGAUUGCCGAAUUUUUACAAAAUAUUGGAUUUAAAGUUAGAUAUCCUGGCUUAAAAUCUCAUCCACAACAUGAAUUACAUUCUUCCAUGUGUCGUGGUGCAGGUGCCGUAUUAUCUUUUGAAACAGGAUGUAUUAGAACUUCAGAAAGAAUUGUUGAAAACACUGAUAUUUUUGGCAUUGCUGUAUCAUUUGGAUGUGUAAACUCACUCAUUUCCAUGCCAUGUAAGAUGUCUCAUGCUUCUAUUGACGCUAAAACUAGAGAAGAAAGAGAUUUCCCAGAAGAUUUAAUCCGUUUAUGUAUUGGGAUUGAAAACGCUGAUGAUCUUAUCGAUGACUUAACCAAGGCUUUAUUAAAGGGAGGUGCUUGUAAAGUCAAUGAAAAGGAUGAAUUGUUUAAUGCUGUUGGAGUUCAAGCAAAAUUAUAAUUCUAAAUAAAGUAUAAUAAAAUAAAAUAAACAAAAAUUAGAAUGAGAAUGG